AUGGAUAACGAUUUGCAAGAUGGGCAAGUCUUAGAGAUGAUGUUGCUACCGAUCCUUGUGGGGUUGUUACACCUGGCGAGUGCAGAGCUGCCAUGGUGGAAGACCAGCAUCAUGUACCAGGUCUACGUCAGGUCCUUUGCCGACUCAGACGGUGAUGGAAAUGGCGAUUUGAGAGGAGUCAUUGGCAAGGUCCCCUAUCUUAAAGAUAUAGGAGUUGGAAUCAUCUGGCUUUCACCGGUAUUCUCUUCGCCUUGGAAGGACAUGGGUUACGAUAUAGAUGAUUUCCUAAAGGUACAACCUCUCUUCGGAACCAAUCAAGAUUUAGAGGAACUCAUAAAGGUGGUUCACGAUUACGGAAUGAAGAUUUUCCUGGAUUUUGUUCCGAAUCACACCAGCGAAGAACAUGCUUGGUUCAACGCUUCCAGGAACCGUCAAGACGGAAAAGACGAUUAUUACGUGUGGUACGACCCUUCGGGGUACAAGGAUGGUGUACCACAACCUCCUAAUGGAUGGAAAAGUAUCUUUGGAGGUGAUUCCUGGACCUACGAUGAGACGAGAAAGCAAUUUUAUCUCCACCAAUUUGGACCGUUCCAGCCAGAGUUAAACUUCACAAAUCAGAAAGUCAUCGAUGACAUGAAGGAUAUAAUGAGGUAUUGGUUGGAUAAAGGAUUGGAUGGAUGGCGAAUGGACGCAGUUCCCUUCUUGGUCGAAGACAAACAGUUGCGAGAAGAACCUUAUAUUCCAAACUGUACUCGCAAGAUUCCAGGUACCUGUAUGUAUCACAUAUGGACACAAAAUCAGCCGGAAACAUAUGAAGUAAUGAAGGAAUUCGAUGAGUUGCUUCUCGAAUAUGAAAACACUAACCCAAAACAUCUCUUCCUUGAAGCGUACGCUAACGCCAGCCAGGUUAUGGCUUAUUAUCAAGAGCAUUCUACACCCUUUAAUUUCGAUUUAGUCACGGCCAUGAAACAAGACACUAACGCGACAACGUUAAGGAGAAUAGUUGAUGGGUACAUGAAUAACCUUCCUAAUGGUGGCUGGCCGAACUGGGUGACAGGAAAUCAUGACAAUCUGAGAGUCGGUACCAAACUCGGCCCAGAAAUGGUAGAUCCAAUGUUGAUGCUGCAGCUGAUGCUUCCUGGAGUCUCCGUCACCUAUCAAGGGGAAGAGAUAGGUAUGAAGGACACCUUCUUGAGGGACGACCUCAAGGUAGAUGUUACAGGCGAUGACAGAGAUGCUGAAAGAUCCCCUAUGCAAUGGAAUAAGCGAAGGAAUGCUGGGUUUUCAAGAGCACGAAAGACUUGGCUACCAGUAAAUCCUAAUUAUUACCAACUGAAUGUCCAAAAUCAACAAGUGGAUCCUUCAAGUCAUCUGAGACUGUACAAGAGACUGGCAAAAGUAAAGAAGGAAUUUUCUGAUUCGAUUGAACUCGAGACCGCUACUUACGGAGAUUGGGUAUUCGCUUUCAAAAGGACAAACAAGAACAAGGUAUACUACGUUGUUAUAAAUCUGGACAAUUAUGAGCAAAGCGUACCACUCUCUAAACUGUUUAAGAACGUUCCAGAUAUCUUACAUGUUCACACUACUUCUAUUAAUUCCCAUUACAAAAUCAAUAACAUACUAAGGAAGGGUAGCAAAGUUAAACUUUAUCCAAGAUCUUCCAUCGGUCUUUUCUCAACAACUGUCUAACAAGAUUUCAUUUAGAAAGUCAAAGUAGCAUUAUCAAACAAAUGUUGAUAGAUUUUAAACAAUAAAUAAAUAACGAUAAAUAAUUACACAA